UGCCCGGCGGCUGGGAGCGCGGCCCCUUUAAAGCCGGGGCUGAGCCGCCGGUCCCCGGUCCUGUCUUCUUCCCCGGCGGGCACCAGCUGGCCGCAGCGGAGCCGGGAGGGGCUGCCCCCUGCGCCGCCUACCGUCCCCUCGGCCACCUCCCGCUCACACCGCGCUGCCGAGCCCGGCUGGCCAGCGAGCGGGAGGCGGCGGGCAGGAGCCGGGGGCAGGGCGCUGCAGCAGCAGGGGGCGGUGGUAGGCAGAGGCGCCGGAUCCGGAGCUGGGUGGGGGGCGCGGCCGCUAGGUUCCCAGGCGCGGCCCCUCAUGCGUGGCUCCGGGCAUGCUGCCGCUGCCCGCGCGAGUCCCCGUCUAUGCCUGGUCUGAGCCGCCCGCCUGCUGCCCUUGGGUCGGGUCGGCGCCUCCCGCAGGGCUCGCCGCGGGGACAUGCCGCGCUGAGGAGCGGCUGGAGGCGGCGGCGGCGGCGGCAGGCAGGGGCUCUCCCUGUGCCUGGGAUCUAAGGGCCGGCGCCGGGCAAUGACCCCCCGCUCCUCCGCCUCUGAGGACUGAAGGGGCUCGGCACGGACCGGCCGCGGAGGGGACGCGCGGCUCCAGCGCUUCAGAGGAAUGAGACUAAGGGUCAGCAGAAACGUGUCACCGAAGAAAGAAUCCACAAUGGAAAAAACAACUCACAGUUGCUUCUUACUGAUUAUGCUUCUAAUCAGAAUGGCUCCAAGUCUUACUUCUACUGUCAAUUAUACUGAUCCUACAUUAGAGCCUGUAGUAACUGAACAUUCACCAGUACGACAGAAGAUAAUAGAUUCGCAGUUCAAAUGCUAUGAGAGAAUGAACAGAGAUCCACCAUAUAGAAAAAAAGGUCUGUUCUGCAACCGAACUUGGGAUGGAUGGUUGUGCUGGGAUGACACACCUGCUGGAAGAGUCACUGCUCAGAAUUGUCCAGAUUAUUUUCCAGACUUUGAUCCAACUGAAAGGGCUUCAAAAUACUGUGAUGAAACAGGAAAUUGGUUCCGACAUCCAGAGAGCAAUCGGACUUGGUCCAACUAUACACUGUGUAACUCCUUCACCUCUGAAAAAUUGAAGAUGGCAUUCAUACUUUAUUAUAUGGCUAUAGUAGGCCAUGCUUUGUCUAUAACUUCACUGUUGAUUUCCCUGGGGAUUUUCUUCUAUUUCAAGAGCCUCAGCUGUCAAAGGAUAACACUGCAUAAGAAUUUGUUUUUCUCCUACGUUCUUAACUCUGUGUUUACCAUCGCCCACCUCAUCGCAGUAGUGCCUAAUCCAGGCCUUGUAAAAAGGGAUCCCGUAAGCUGCAAGGUGCUGCAGUUUUUUCACCAGUACAUGCUGGGUUGUAACUACUUCUGGAUGCUCUGCGAGGGCAUAUAUCUUCACACUCUAAUUGUGGUGGCAGUAUUUGCUGAAGAGCAGCGUUUGCACUGGUAUUACCUCUUGGGCUGGGGGUUUCCUUUAGUGCCAGCAUCUAUUCACGCUGUUGCAAGAGCCAAAUACUUCAAUGACAACUGCUGGAUGAGCGUUGACACUCACUUGCUCUAUAUUGUUCAUGGACCUGUAAUGGCAGCUUUAUUGGUCAAUUUUUUCUUUUUGCUUAACAUCGUCCGAGUUCUGGUGACAAAGCUAAGAGAUACUCAUCGGGCUGAGUCCAACAUGUACAUGAAAGCUGUCAGAGCCACACUAAUCCUGGUGCCCUUACUAGGAAUUCAGUUUGUCAUUAUUCCCUGGAGACCAGAAAACAGACUUGCUGGAGAAAUAUAUGAUUACAUCAUGCAUAUAUUAAUGCAUUACCAGGGCUUACUUGUUGCAACUAUAUUCUGCUUUUUCAAUGGAGAGGUACAGGGCGCUCUAAAAAGGCAAUGGAUGCAGUAUAAGACCCAAUGGGGGCAAAGACGACGCGAGCACUGCUCUACGCGAUCUACCUCCUACACAGCAACAUCUAUCACCGAGGUCCCAGUUUAUCUGUAUCAUCACGAUUCCACCAACGAACAGUUAAAUGGAAAAUACAUAGAUGACUCUGAACUCGUUGCAUUAAAAUCUGGAGAGACGUCUGCCUAGCUCAGAGGAAAACAAGACUAACAGGUCAUUUUGCAUUCUGUUCAUGGCAGGGUGGGGCGAAGGGAGGAGUUCAGACUUGAGUGCCACUGUGAGAGAGUGCUAAACAGAACACAUCAUACGCGAACUAUAGAAGCAUCAGCUUCGGCCAGUGAUGGCCCAGCGAGAGUCUGCCUGAGAGAGGUGGAUAUAGUAUUUGAUACUACUACAGCAUGCUGCUUUUAGAAACAGGGCUGAGAACGGAACUAUUCAGUGAAACAUUUGGAUUUUCCACAGUCCCUGCUACUUGCCAUAUGACACACAGAUUCAAUAGUCGUAACAAUUCAAGGUAUCCCAUAGCAGAUAUAGAAGAACGGAUUAGUUCAUAGCAAGGAGUGUUCAGUUUCCAGACUGGACUAACUAACGACCAAUUGAAAUUGUUUAGCAUUUGUUGCUUUAAAUAACUUUCUUUCACCCUAGACUUUAAACGAUCAUCUUUCAUUAGGUGUAACGGGCUUGGAAUCUGUUGUUGUUUUCAUUUUAAUCAGCUCUGCUGCUUUCCUGGAAAUGUUUGCACUUGGGGGUGGGGGAGAAGAGAAACCCGUCAUUCCAAGGUAUUCAAAUCCUUAGCUCAAAAGGAUCUCAUACAGAAUUACCCUCCUGACAUCAGGUGCACAACAGAAACAAAGGUAAACUAUUUAUUGCAUUAAAAACAUUCAACACUAGUAGGCAUAAGAAUCAGUAGAGAAACAAAAUACGUCUUUGGGAGCCUCAUGAAAGUCCUGGAAAAAUCUCAAAAAAAAUUUUUUUUCAAGCUAUGCUAGUUGCUCGAUAAUAUUCAUUCAUAGGAAACCUGUAGCCAUAAUACUCCACCCAGCAAUCUGAUAAGUAAGGAACAAAUUUUGCACUAUGAAUAAACUGUGAAAUGUAUUUGGAAAUUAAGAUUUUUGUUAAUUGCUGUUGACACACUGAGCCUGCCGCUGGUGAACAUUUGUCUGUCUAAUGAAGUUGCAUGCUGGCAGUAAAGGAGGCCAGUGGAAGAGAUGAGGAACUAGUUUAUACCAGUGUCACAGCCGAAGAAAUAUUCAUAAUUAGAAAGUCAAUAUUUUAUGUAAUUAUUAAACACUAAAGGUCUUUUUAUGAUUGUUAAAUGAGUCUUACAGCCAAGGAGUAACUUAUUUAUAGCUGUAAGGCUCCUCUAUUGCCAGUGUCAAAUGACCGUUACACACCAUUGGGCUGAGUAAAAUAGCUACAAUUUCUUUCCAAAGGUGAAUGUAAAAGUCCUUGCAAAUUGAUAGGACCAGUGCCUGGGCAGCUCUGAGUAGAGCUUGGCAAACAUUUUUGACAAAAACUCUUAUGCCAAACUUUAGUUUCUGCAAAAUAUGCAGAUUCAGUGACACCAAAACAUUCCAUGAAUUUAUGUCAGUUUCUUUGAAUUGUUUCAGUUAACAAAACCCCUAAAAUAUUUUAAAAAUCAUGUUUCAUUUUGACAUUUUCUAAAUUAAAUAUUUAAAUUAUUUUAUUCAAAAAGAUUGUGUAGAAAUUUCCUUUUAAUUUUAUUUUAAAAAAAUUUUAAAUGCUCAAUUGAAAUAAAAACAAUAAAAUGUUUCAGGUUGAACAAAAUAUUUUGUUUGACCUGAAUCAUAUAUUUUUAUCUUUUUAAUUUUUUGAUUCAGUGAAAAAUAUUUUAAAAAUCUGUUUUUUCCCCCAGAAUUGCAAGUGAACCAAAAAACCUAUUGUUCACCCAGUUCUAGUUCUAGGUGCUUGCAAGUCCUAGGACUUUUUGCCUAUAGAAUUUAACUUGUAUAUAAAGUUCCCAAGUAUCGAAAGGAUGUCCAGUGAAAUGUAUCACUGUUUCUCCUCUGGUUUUCAUGUAGUUGGGUAAGUUAAAGCCAACAACUAGUAUUUGUACAAUGAGGUCUUGACUUUUUUAUUAGGUUAACCAGUUAUUUGGCACCUUUGAAGAUAGGCCAGAAAGAGGCCAUUCAUUCUGUUUGCCUCCACUUCUACCUAUUGUGUGAUCCACGUAUAUUUGUCAGCAAAAUUCUACCAGCCUCAGGCCCAAGGAAUGAAAACAGAAGGGAGACAGUCACAUACCUCUGAUGCCACAGACCCACCUACUCCUGUCUUUGGUGUCACUUGCUUCACUUAGCUAUCUCAAUAUCAGCAUUCAGCCAUGAGUUGUUUGAAGGUUGAUUUAGCACUUGUGUCACAAUCCCAUCUCUGGGAUUCAAGGAGGAGAAGGGAUAGGGAAAGGAGGGAGAACCAGGGAAGUAGGGACUGGAAAGAAGAAGGAAGAAGAGGACGAGGAAAUGCUAUCUCUGAUGUCACAAUUCCACUAACCAGUGACUUCUGCAGAGGCACCAGCUAGUCACAAAUAUAUUUUAAACUCCCUUUCUUCUUUAUUUACUUUAUUUAUUGAGAUUCCAUCCAAGAUUUGUUUUUCCCCUGCAAGAAUCACAGACUUGGUUGAGGCAUAAACAAGUAAUUUUGCUCUACUCUUAGCAGUGCUUCGAUUGCCUAAACUAUAAUUAGUUCUGAGAGUUCUAACCUCAGAUCUUGCCAGGUAAGUAAAGGAGGGAAAAUAUUUCAAAUCCAGCACUUUGCUUUACAAUGUCAAUGCAUUUGUAGCUCUUAAUUCUCCAAGUAGAGGGUCUAAUCCUGCAGGAAGAAUUGUGAGGAGAAAGAACUGCAGGAUCAAGUUCACAUUCUGUUAGGGUGAAAUUAGUUUGUUAAGCUCACACAAGGCCUGUGCAACACUCAAGCACUGAGCAUCUGAUCCACAGCCAUUGAAGUCAAUGAAGAGAUUCCGAUUGACUUAAAUGGGCUUUGGAUGAGGCCCUAAGGUAUUUGAAUGGGACUUAAAUAGUGCACAGACCCUGUGGACCCGCUUCACAGACAUGAAUCACAUGCUUGCUGAUAUGGGAGAGAUUUUAAACAUUCUGAGCAGGAUUGAGCCCCAAAACUUUUCGGUUCACCUGUAAAAUUGACAUGGAGGACUACUGGUUGUACCUAACUGUGCUAACCUCUUCAUUCCAACACACAUAUUGGGACCACAUCUUCCUACAAAAUGACCUUUCAAGAAUGAGUUCACUGACAGUGGAAUUCAGAGUUUAUUUAAUCCAGUGUUGUAUUUGGGGAGAAAAUAUAGUCCUGUCCAUUCACACAGUGAAAAACCUAGGUUGGAGACCACUGAACGUGUCUGCUUUGCUGACUGUACAAAGGAAGGUAUUUUUUUCGGACAAGAGUGUUUUGUGUAUUGCUAUUUCUACUUUUGCUAGUGAGCUAUCAUGGUCGAUGGAGGAUUUAAUAAUCAAAGAAAACAAGGCAGCUUUACUAUGAAUUUUAUAUUUCUGAACAUUUUUGAUGCAUAUUGUACUUUCCAGUAGGGCUCCAGCAGGUGUACUUAAUUUCUAACUACAGGAAAUAGAUUAUCGUAAUAGAAAUGUACAUAAUUCAUAAGGUCUGAUAAAUGCUUGUGUAACUUAUAUGUACAAAUUGUUUUUCAGAGUCUGUUAUAUUCACGUAAAGUACACUAGUGACAUAUUUUUUUAAGGGAACAUCAUGUUUUGGCUUCUUCAUUCAUUGAUUCAUUCUACUUCAUGAACUCAGCUGGAGCAACAAACUUCAGGAUCUUGGUUUUCUCUUCAUGUGAUGAAAAUCUCACAUUCUGGUGUGGGCCAGAGUAGCUUGAGUGAUGUCAGUGGAGUUACAACAAUUUUCAUCAGCAGAGAAUCUGGCCUACAGAUCUAUUUAAUUCAAUAUUAGCUUCACAUGGGGACUGCAGGUUAGAGCUGUCCAGAAAGUUUUCAUCAAAACAAUGGGAACAGCCAUGUUCAUCAAAAUUAAAAUGUUUUGAAAAAUGUAUGAUUUUGAUGAAAUUUCAUCAAAACAAUAAAGGCAAAAGGAGGCAUUUUGAUAAGGUUGAAACAUCCCAUUCUGACACUUUCAGAAUGGAAGGUUUUGAUUUUUUUUAUUUACAAAUGAUUUUUUUCAAUACUAAAUUAAUUGCGGGGGUUUUUUAUAUAAAAAGAAUUUAAAAGUUUAAAGGUCAAAAUUUGAACCAAAUGUUUUGCUCUUGCCACAAAAAAAGUAUUUCAAUUGACCUGAAACAAAAAAAAAUUAGAAUUUUGUUAUGUCGGAAACUUAAGUUUAGUUUUUUGUUCCAUUUUGGAAUGGAAAAAAAAUAUUAAAAUAGUGGAAUUUCUCCUGAAACAGAAAAUCCAACUCUCCCACCCCGGCCUACUUCAUAUGCAUAUUCUUUCCAGAGGUGUCUUCACGCUCCAUGUAUGCCACAGACAUUAUAACCAUGCCAGCAUCACCGAGGCCUGCACAGAAAGCAGCAAUGGGUUCAAGCCAGAGUCAUAUGUACAUAUAUUCUCCAAUUCUACAAAUGGUACAGAGGAACUGCAGUUGAUAAUUGACUCACUAGGCUGGAAUAAUUGCAGCAGUGUUGAAGGGGCUGUUGUUUAUGUUGGGGUUUGAGGGGGAGAAUUUCAACCCCUCGGUGGCGUUUUCCUGCACCUGCAUACAGUCUGAUUACUAAGGCAUUACAAAGGUGCAGUGAAUUUCACCUCUGUGCUUGAGAGAAAGCACUGAAGUCUCCAUGACAAUGAUGGUGAGAACCCUUCUAUGACCAAGCAAUAGCAAUUUCUUGGCAUGAGCAAAUCCAGCCUUUAGAAAUGUUUAUUAUUUUAGCACAUUUCGUACUCGAGUGUCAAAAAGCUGCAGGAAAAUUUGAGUCAAUGGGUUUAAAAAGUAGUUUCAGGGAAGACACAACCUAUACCAAGAACUUUAGUAGGACCCCUCUCCUCUGAAACCCCAUCCCCUCGUAUAACAACUCAUUUCACUUAAUGUUGGCCCUGGCUUAGAAGUGUUUGUACAGCUGGUUUGUUUGAAUAGCUAAAUCAAGCAGAAAGGUUCUCGUUCUUCUUCUUUAUUAGGUACAGAAACUAAACACAAAUUCAAAAAAUCAUGGCAUGGAAUGCUGAGACUGUAUUUUCAUUUGGUCCUUUUUAAAUGCCUAAGAAAUAUAUUUCAGUUAAAAAAAAAUACAGCACAAUUGGGGGAAAUGGCUUGCUCCACCUUAUAACAGCUAGCAGCAGGGCUGCCUUAAUUAAAGGUUUGCCAGCAUUUCCACUGCAAACUCCCCAUUUUCAUGUGUUUAUAACUUGGCAAUAAAACUUUGCUCUGGGAUAGAACUUUGUUCUGGGAUGCAAAAAUCUCAGCGCAUUCCUGUUCUUAUAUUUUUUUCCCCUUACAAGUAUUAACGAAAAACAAUGUUUGGCUCUUUUCAAUGAUAUAAAUUUUAAAAACUAACAAAAUAAAGAUAUCCUAAUUUUG